GCUGACUCGACUCUGAUUGGCUGGCGGAAACUUCAACGACGUCAAGCUCCGGCCCGCAACUUUUUGCCCGGCCAGAAUCCCCUGCUUUUUUCCUGCUCGUGUAUAGCCUCCAACGGCCAAUUUGCCAACACCCAGUUGAACAGAGAACCGGCAAUCGAGUGGUCUCAAUUAUAUUAAAAUGAAUACUAUUAGAUCUACCUGGGUUGGCUGGGGCGCCCUCUGCGUCGCCGGCGGCGGCGCAUACUACUUUGCCAAAAAAUCCAUAAACGCCGACCGCGCCCAACGACACGAAGAAGCCCAGCGCCGCAAAGAGGAAGCCUUUCGAAGGGAACAUUCCGCAAAGUCGCCGUCAUCCUCCGGUGGGGGGUUGACAAAUAUGACCCGCGCGAAAUCCGCGGCAGAGAUGGACGAUACGGGCAGUCCGAGUAGGGAAGCUGGACAUGAUCCUGCCGCAACGAGGCAUGAGCCCGAGACGUCAGCGGAGAGGGUUGAUGAGAAGGGGAAGUAUGAAGCGGCAGAAAAAUUUACAUCAAGGAAGGGGAAUCGGCUUUAAGCUUAUUUUGGAGAAGUUUGGGAGUUUUUUUUUUUUUUUUUUUUUUUUUUUUUUUUGACCAAUGGGUUUUCUGCUAACCUGCGCGAAUGGGGAGGUGUGCCAAAGACACAAAAAAAUGGAGAUAGUCGUAUGGACUGGAGACGUCUGGAAACAUCUUGAGGUAUGUGGCGGGCUUUGUGUGAAGUAUAUUGUAGAAAAAUGUUGUACGAUUAAAUUGCUGGAACGAUCCUUUGAAAAUCCUCCCUUUUGUUGUACUGUACAUACUCUUGUUUGGGAGGGGUAGUUAAAACAAAAUGUUGAUCACUUCGCAAAUCCGA